GGAAUAUCAUGCAGUGCAGUGCACUUUUGUAGAUAAAUGUAAUGGAAUUUGAAGUUAUAUUUUAUUUUUAUUGUAGUCCAUUUAUCAGUGCUAACCUUUGUUUAUAACAUAUAGCUAGUAAUUGUCUCCAAACCUGUAAUUAUUUAUUUACAUAUUAUUAUGUCAGUAUCAGUAAUGUCAGUGUGACAGCUUCAACUGCAAGCAAAUUAAAAAAAUAAAAUUAGACUAAAUUUUGUAAAUAGAUAAGAUUUAGAUUUCUUUGUAGUGAGAAAACAUGGAAGACAGUGAACAGGAAUCACUUGGGAAUGGAAAAAUAAAUGACAAAGCUGUUGUGAAUGUUUCAAAUGUCAUUGAUGAAAAUGACCUUGAAAGUUUACAAAUAGAUGAAGAUUUCAUGAAUAAUACAGAAUGGAAAGAGAAAGAUAAACACAUCUUUAUUCUCAGUAGUGCUGGAAAACCGGUAUAUUCAAGGUAUGGCAGCGAAGAUCGCCUAGUGACCCUGUUCGGUGUGAUGCAAGCCCUAGUUUCCUUUGUCCAAGACAGUGACGAUGUGAUCCAAUCUAUACAUGCUGGUGACUGUGUAAUAGUUUUCCUGAUCAAGGGUCCAAUCAUAUUGGUUGCUGUCUCCCAAAUUUAUGAGUCUGUUGACCAACUAUCUCUUCAACUCAGGUACGUUUAUAAUCAGAUUGUGAGCAUCCUCACACUGAAGCAGCUGACUAAGAUAUUUGAAGAGAGGCGCAACUUUGACUUACGGCGUCUGCUGACAGGCUCUGAACGCCUGAUUGAUCACAUCCUGAACUUCACAGAGACGGAACCCAUGUAUCUCCUGAGUGCCAUCAAAUGUCUACCACUGUCCUCCACUUUUCGAGAGGCCAUCGGACAGACUAUUGUCUCUGCCUGCGCCAAGAUCAAGAAUCUAGUUUAUGCCAUCUUAAUAGCAGAUAACCAGUUAAUUACCAUGGUACGCAUGAAGAAGUACAACCUGCAAGCCUCUGAUCUCCAUCUGAUAUUCAACUUGGUGUCAGCUUCAGAGUCCUUCAAAGCUGCUGAGAGUUGGACUCCGAUAUGUCUACCUAACUUUGACUCUAGUGGGUUUCUCCAUGCUCAUGUGUCAUACCUGGCUGAGGAUUGUCAGGCAUGUCUUCUGUUGCUCACUGUCGACCAUGACCUCUUCUUCACUCUGUCGGAGGCCAAGCAGCGUAUUGUGGAGCGACUCCGCCGUAACAACAGUCUAGAGGCGAUCAAUGCAGCACUGGCUGAGCCUCCGACGACAGUGGCAGAAUUGGGUGUGACAGGUCUACGACACUGCCUGUACAAGUGUCGAACGAGCCAGCAGCUGUGGAGCCCUGCCGUAGAGGCUCCAUACCACACAGAGGAGCAAGCAGUGAGACUGCGCCGCGUGUACCAACAGCUACACGGGUGUGUCCACCGCCAUAAUGGCGCUCUGAAGCUGGCUUACCAACAACUCCCACUGGAGACCAUGCUCGGCUGGAUUACAGCAGGAUUCGAGCUUUAUGUUGCAUUCGAGCCUUUAAUGACAAAGAGGAACACAAUUAAUGCAGUUAACAAAAUACUUCAAUGGAUACAUAAAAAGGAAAGCCGAUUGUUUAUUCCUACCAUGCCUACAUUUUAAUGUGAUGUAUUUUAUUUUAUUUGUAAAUAGAAUUUAGUUUAAUAUUGUAUUUAUAAUGAAUUAUGUAUAAUUAUAAAAUUUGUAUUAAUUGAA